UCCUGGAUAUGUGAACUAGUAUUUUUUUUAUAGUAGUUCAAUUGUGAUAGUUGUUAACCAUGUAGUAUCAUCAUUGAAAAAUCUGGAAUUUUACAUAGUUUUCAAACGCUGUUAUUUCAAAUACUUAAUGUAACUGUCGGUAAAAAUUGUAAUAGAUUGUCAAAUUUAAGUACCAAUUAAUAUGGCAACACUCGUUUUGUUGACAAAUAUUGAUCAUAUGGAAAGAACAGUUAGCUGAAAGAUAUGUCUAAAUCAAAGUGACCUGUUGAAAGCGAACCGCUUGUUUAGAAGACAAUAAAAAAAACACAUCAAAACACUUCUCCAAUAUUUUGAUAUUUAGUGCGAAAAAGUGUGUAUUUAAAUAUAUAUAAAUCUCAACUGCGAUGGUAUGCGAUUUUAUUUUUUAUGAAUAUUUUUCAGUGUCUACCCCAUUGAAGAUACGCGAUAUUUUCAACAAAUGGUUAGAAAUGAAGCAAUGUAAAAAGAGCCUUAUCGUUUAUGAAAUAAACAAAUUUGUGGAAAAUCAUUUGCGUAGAUCAUUACACUGCACAGAGGAAACAAAAAUCAAGUUUACGAUUUUGAAAUUUAGCACUAAUUGGGAAAAGUAUGGACGGAAAAAAGACUUAUUUGAAAAACACUGUAAUAACUGGCUGGAUAGUGAAAUAUUCUAUGGGGAUUCUAUUUGUGUUGAACCAAGUUCAAGCUUUGUUAGAGGUCGGCCACGUGUGUCUUUCGAAGAAGCAUCACAUCGAACUAAGCGAAGACGUGUUGAUGAACUUGUUGUGUCAACCUCUGCUGAAGCUCUUAAAAAAGCAGCAGAAAAAAUUUCAGAAUCAAGUAACAGUGGAACUCUUUCAGUGGAAAAGGCGUUAGCAUUGUACGUGGAUAUGGAUAUCUCUUAUAGGGAAUACAACAUGAUGAGAAACGUUGUUAAUGGUGUACAUAAAAAUUGUUUUCCGUCCUAUUACUCUAUUGUAGAAGCUAAAAAAAAACUUAUUCCAGACGGAAUUGAAGUUUCGGAAACGUCAGUACAUGUUCCAUUACAGGCAAUUUUGGAUAAAACUUCAAACAGCAUUUUGAAGAAGUUAGAAUUUGGUGCUGAAAGUGAUGUUAUUUUAGAGUGCAAGUGGGGAUUUGAUGGCAGUAGCGGUCAUAGCGUAUAUAAACAAAAAUUUGAAAGCCAAGACGCUACUGACGAGUUUUUGUUUGUUACAUCUUUCGUACCAUUACGUAUAGUGGAAGGCAAAAAUGAAAAAAUUGUGUGGCAAAACAGCAAACACUCUUCUCAAAGGCUAUGUAGACCUCUGAAAAUAUUAUUUGCUAAAGAAAAUCCUAGACUUAUAAUGGAAGUAAAAGACAACAUACAGCGUGAAAUAGAAAAUUUAACUACAUACGUCUAUAAUAAUGAUAAAAAGAAAAUUAACGUUCAGUAUCGCUUAAAAUUAACUAUGAUCGACGGGACUGUGUUAAAUGCUAUACAUGGGCAUAAGAGUUGUGCGACUUGUGUUCUGUGUGGAGCUAAACCUACACAAAUGAAUACCUAA